AUGUCUUCAUUCCAGCAUUCAUUAUUCCACAUUUUUCAUUCCUGCAUUCAUUAUUCCACAUUUGGUGUCUUCAUUCCUGCAUUCAUUAUUCCACAUUUGAUGUCUUCAUUCAAUUUGCAUUAUUCAUUUGAUGUCUUCAUUCCUCAUUCAUUUUUACAUUUGGUGUCUUCAUUCCUGCAUUUUCCACAUUUGGUGUCUUCAUUUCCAUUAUUCCACAUUUUUCUUCAUUCCAGUUAUUUGAUGUCUUUGCAUUCAUUAUUUUUUGAUGUCUUCAUUCUGCAUUCAUUAUUCCACAUUUGGUGUCUUCAUUUCAUUCAUUAUUCUACAUUUGAUGUUUCUUCAUUCACUGCAUUCAUUAUUCCACAUUUUGUCUUCAUUCCUGCAUUCUUUGAUGUCUUCAUUCCUGCAUUCAUUACAUGUUUCAUUCCUGCAUUCAUUAUCCAUUUUGUCUUCAUUCCUGCAUUCAUUAUUUUUGAUGUCUUCAUUCCAGCAUUAAUUAUUCUUUAUUUAAUUCCUGCAUUCAUUAUUCUACAUUUGAUGUCUUCAUUCCUGCAUUCAUUAUUCAUUUGGUGUCCAUUUUUCAUUAUUUCUACAUUUAUGUCUUCAUUUGCAUUCAUUUUCCACAUUUGGUGUCUUCAUUCCUGCAUUCAUUAUUCUACAUUUGAUGUCUUCAUUCCAGCAUUCAUUAUUCCACAUUUGGUGUCUUCAUUCCUGCAUUCAUUAUUUGUUUCAUUCCUGCAUUCAUUAUUCUACAUUUGA